AUGGAGGCCUCGAGGCAGGUCCGCCAUCGCCACCUGCCCGUGUCCCGCUGGUUCUGGCUCGAGCAGCAACCGACGGGCAGUGCGGGCAUCCUGUCUUCCCGGGACCUGCUUGGUGUGGAGUCCCGAGCUGACGCCCUGGAGCCGCCACCAAGUGGAAAACCUGGACGGGAUUUCAACGCCUCUUGGAGCGGAAUCAAAGGGCACCUCGGAGCAGGUGGCCGGCACCGCGGCCCUGCGUUGCUUCAAAGCCGCUGUCACCGGGACCGGGAGGCUGCCAGCCCAGGGGCGCCCACCCGCGACGUCCUGCUGGUCUCGGCCAUCAUCACCGUCAGCCUUAGCGUGACUAUCCUCCUCUGCGGCCUCUGCCACUGGUGUCAGCGCAAACUGGGCAAGCGCUACAAGAACUCCUUGGAGACGGUGGGCACGCCCGACUCGGGACGUGGGCGCAGUGAGAAGAAGGCCAUCAACGAUCUAGACAGAGACUUUUGGAAUAACAAUGAGAGCACAGUGCAGCAGAAAUGGAGCUCCUACCCUCCCAAGGAGUUUAUUCUAAACAUUUCACCCUACGCCCCUUAUGGCGACCCACGACUGUCCCUCAAGUUGCCUGCAGGAGGGAAGGCGGUAAACACAACUCCAGUGCCCAGCCAGACGCCGCACGAUGAGUCUGACCGCCGGACCGAGCCACGCUCCUCCGUCUCGGACCUCGUCAACUCCCUCACCAGCGAGAUGCUCAUGCUCUCCCCAGGCUCCGAGGAGGACGAGGCCCACGAGGGCUGCAGCCGAGAGAACCUGGGCCGCAUCCAGUUCAGCGUCGGCUACAACUUCCAGGAGUCCACGCUCACCGUGAAGAUCAUGAAGGCCCAGGAGCUGCCGGCCAAGGACUUCAGCGGCACCAGCGACCCCUUCGUCAAGAUCUACCUGCUGCCGGACAAGAAGCACAAGCUGGAGACCAAGGUGAAGAGGAAGAACCUGAACCCCCACUGGAACGAGACCUUCCUCUUUGAAGGUUUCCCCUACGAGAAGGUGGUGCAGAGGGUCCUCUACCUCCAGGUCUUGGACUACGACCGCUUCAGCCGCAACGACCCCAUUGGGGAGGUGUCCAUCCCCCUCAACAAGGUGGACCUGACCCAGAUGCAGACCUUCUGGAAGGAUCUGAAGCCAUGCAGCGAUGGGAGUGGGAGCCGAGGGGAGCUGCUCCUGUCGCUCUGCUACAACCCCUCUGCCAACUCCAUCAUCGUGAACAUCAUCAAAGCCCGGAACCUCAAAGCCAUGGACAUCGGGGGCACGUCAGACCCCUACGUGAAGGUGUGGCUGAUGUACAAGGACAAGCGGGUGGAGAAGAAGAAGACGGUGACGAUGAAGAGGAACCUGAACCCCAUCUUCAACGAGUCCUUCGCCUUCGAUGUCCCCACGGAGAAGCUGAGGGAGACCACCAUCGUCAUCACGGUCAUGGACAAGGACAGGCUCAGCCGCAACGACGUCAUCGGCAAGAUCUACCUGUCCUGGAAGAGCGGGCCCGGGGAGGUCAAGCACUGGAAGGACAUGAUCGCGCGGCCCCGGCAGCCUGUGGCCCAGUGGCACCAGCUGAAGGCCUGAGGCGGCCAGAGGAGGCCCAGGGGCCAGGGGACCGGGCCCCCAUCAUGCCCGCACCACUUUAUGCACAACGCCCGGCCUGGCCCCCUGCCGCGGGUGAGGGGAGGACCCUGCCGGCUCGGCCAGGGAGGGGUCCCAGAGAUCAUUUGGGCCCCGUUUCUAGGAAGAACCAGCCCCCUCCUCCGCCAGGCCAGCUCUGGGGGAGGGGCUGUGGGAGCCAUUUUCCUGCUUUGCCCCUUUACCUUCCUGACUUGCUGAUACUAAAGAAGUGGGGGAGGUCAUGAGAGCCAGACGGGCAGACGGGCAGAUCCCUCCAGAGGCCCGCCAGGUGGGCACCGUCCCCCGUUUUCUUUGAGGCGGUGCCUGGAGUGGAGAGAGGCCCAGGAGAGGGGAGGCCGAGGCGCUGGGCCCCGGCCUGGCCAGGGCAGUUUCAGGUGCCGGCUGGGCCCUGAGUGCCAAGGACAGUACAGAGCCCUCGGGGGUGCUGGAGCCGCAGCCCUGUGUACUUGUGAUGUGUCCACCAUGUGUGUGUAUGUGUGUGCCCGUGCGUGCAUGUGUGUGGGUGGGGGGCUCGCUCCCUGUCCCCCUGGGGCCAGCGGUGUGAAGACUGUGCAGAGAGGGCAGGGUUUCAUGGAGUGAGGCGGGGCCGGAGCCUGGAGGGGACAGUGCACUGAGCCAGGGGCAGGAGAGGAGAAGCGGGGAGGGGUGAGGAGGGGUGGGGAAGAGGGGCAGACGCAGCUGGGCUGAGAACUGGGCUGCCUCCAGCUGUACCCCCCCGCCCCCCACCCUGCCAGGGCCUCUCUCUGCUCGGAGUUCUCCAGUAGCUCCUUCCCCAGUGACGUCAUUCAUCCCUUGAGCAUUGUUUCACACCUUUUAGGCACCUACUGUAUGCAUCCCAUCCCGCCAGGACCCACUAGCGCCCUUCCUUCCAGAGACACCCUUGUUCAUCCCAGUUCACACAGCCCAGCCCCACUGGCAAUAUUCUACCCAAGUCCCACUUUCUUCCCUUCAUCUCGCUCUGUCCGUGCAGACCUGCCCCCCCCCACACACACACACACACUCAUAUA